AUACAAUAAGAGUUCCAUCACCUCUUUUCGGUUGUUACAAAAUUACUAACUAGUAUUCAAUCAAUCUAUCUCCAUUAAUAUUCAUCAUUCAACCAUGGGAUUUCUUCACAAGCUUUGGGAUGACACACUGGCCGGCCCCGCCCCCGAUUCCGGCCUCGGCAGGCUCCGCAAGUACAGCGCCACCGCCAGGCCGCCGCCGCCGUCCUUGGAGAUCCCGGAGGCCCCCAAUGAGAUUCACAUCAGCCGAGCCAUCACCGUCAUCCGCCCCUCUUCCAUGGCUUCCCCCACCCCUCCCUCCUCUCCCAGCUCCCCAUAUUCACCAACCACUCCUGGAGGGAAUUUCAAGAAAUUCACGAGGAGAAAACCCAAAUGGGAACCAACAUCACCAUCACCAUCUACACCCCAUAGUUGGGAUUCAGAGAGAUCUUAAUUCAAGCAGCAUCUUUGCAUACAGUCAACAAUCCCUGGAGAAGAAGACACAGUGUAGUGUCUGUUACAUAGUAAUUCUUUUCUUCCUCCCUCAUAUGGGAAGUGAGGUUGAAGUAGUUCUUUUCAACCACUAGACUCCACAGAU